AUGCAAGGCAUUGGAAGGAUUGUGACUACUGAAGAAGAACUGAAAGAGGCUGUGUUUCCGAAUGUGAUUCACCACUUCACUGAUCACGCAUGGCUGUGCGAAAGAGCAAUUCUUGCCCCAACAAACGAAGCCGUCAGUGUUAUCAACAAGGAACUUUUACAGAACUUACCCGGAACUCUUCAUAUUUACAAAUCUAUAGACACGACAUGCAAUAUUGACGAGGCUGUCAACUAUACGACAGAGUUUCUCAACAAAUUAGAGCCACCUGGAGUACCCUCCCACAUAUUGGACUUGAAGGUUGGAGCACCGAUAAUUCUCCUCAGGAAUCUGGAUCCGCCUGCACUUUGCAAUGGAACAAGACUUUCUAUCAAGAAACUGAUGCCAAAUAUUAUAGAAGCCACCAUCAUGACCGGACUUGCUGCAGGCGAAGAUGUGUUUAUUUCAAGAAUUCCUAUAAUCCCUUCCGAUCUCCAGUUUCAGUUUAAGCGUCUACAAUUCCCUGUUCGUUUGAGUUUCGCGAUGAGCAUUAAUAAGGCACAAGGACAAUCUCUCAAAGUUGUAGGGCUCGACCUCCGUAAGCCGUGUUUCUCCCAUGGUCAACUGUACGUGGGUUGUUCAAGAGUUGGUAAUGCCGAUAAUCUACACAUCUUAGCUCCGAAUGGAAGAACAUUAAAUAUAGUUUUAUCCCGAGGCUCUCUAACGAAAAGGACAAUCUAA